CAUCAUCAUCACCGUCGUCAUCAUCAUCAUUUUAUUAUCAACAAAACAAUCAACAUCGUCAACACACACACCAUCGCUGUUGAUAAAAUUGUUGAUCUUAUAAGUUUAUGGAAAUAGUCUUCAUUUCAUAAUGAAACAUAUCUAACGAAAAAAAAAAAAAUUUGUGAUUAAACAACAACAACGAAAAAAAUAGACAAAAAUGAUUACAUUUUUCGAUAUUAUACCUCAGGACCAAGCCAAUUUUAUUUGUUCACAAUUAUUAUCAUUCACAUAUGCAUUCAUAUUUCGUCAAAUUCUUAUUAAUCAUAUUCAUCAAAAACAAUCGAUUAUAACGAAAAAUUUUAUCCAUUUUUUUACCAUUGUACCUGGUUUAAUAUUUUCAUGGUUUUGUUUUGGAAACCAAAUAUUUCAUCUUAUUUUGUUAAGUUUAACCAGUUACUUAUUAUUGUACAUAUUUGAUUACAAAUGGAUACAUUUAAUGACAUUUUUUUUGGCCAUGAUUUAUUUAUCCGCCAUCCAUACACAUCGUCUUGUAUUUGGUGAUUUUGCCGGUACAUAUCAAAUGGACAUUUCAGCACCGAUAAUGAUUUUGGUACAAAAAAUUACAUUAAUUGCUUUUUCAUUACAUGAUGGUUGGCUAAUUGAUACAACAACAAAUCAGAUCAUAAAUCAUGAACGGAAAAAAUAUUCAAUACGACAAAAACCAUCAUUACUACAAUAUUGUUCAUAUGUAUUUGAUUUUCAAACAAUACUUUGUGGUCCAAUGAUUUUUUAUAAUGAUUAUCAUGAUUAUUUGGAUGGAAAUACAAUCAAAAAAUAUGGCCUUCAUCAUUUCCCACCAGUUGCCAAAACUAUUUGGAAAUCAUUGUUAACGUGUUCAAUUUGUGCAAUACUCACAAUGAAAUUUGUUCCACUUUUUCCCAUUUCCUUUUUACAAGAUGAGAAAUUUAUGCAAGCAAAUUUUGUCUAUAAAAUUUUAAUUAUCUAUCUGGUGACAACCGGUGCCCGAAUUAAAUAUUAUUUUGCAUGGAAAAUGGCCGAAUCUGUUUGUAAUGCUUCGGGUUUAGGAUUCACCACAUUAACUGGUACAGAUAAUCAACCAAUAUAUGAUUUAGCAACAAAUAUUCGUAUAUAUGAUUUCGAAAUGUCCUUAUCACAACAUGAUGCAAUUGCAGCAUGGAAUAUAUCGACUGUUAGAUGGCUUCGUGCUGCCGUCCAUAUUCGUGUGCCUAAACGUUACAGUGCAAUGGCUACCUUUGCGUUAUCAGCAUUUUGGCAUGGAUUCUAUCCCGGUUAUUAUCUUACAUUUGCUACUGCCGGUCUAUUUAUGGCUGUAUCAAAAACGAUGCGAAAAUGUAUUCGAUAUCGUUUUGUUCAUUCCAAACACUUUUUGAAUGGUUACCAUUGUUUAACAUGGUUAAUCACACGUAUAAUGAUUGCUUAUUUUGCCUUCCCAUUUGUUUUACUUAGUCUUCAUCAAUCAAUUCUUGUUUAUCAAUCCAUCUAUUGGUCUGGUCAUUUAGUAGCUAUUUUUGCCUGGUUAAUUGUGCCAUUAAUAUUGAAAUCUGAAUCAAAAAAUCGAGACAAACAUGAUGAAUAUCAACAAAUGAAUGGAAAUGGCAAAAAAAACGAUAUUACAACAAUAACAACGACUAACAAUAAUAAUCUUAAAAAAAAGAAUGGCUUCAUCAAUCAUCAUGAACAUUGAAAUGAUCCAUGAAACAUUUGUGAUAAAUUUUUUUAAUUUUAUUUUUAGUGGAAAAAAAUGUAAAAUAGAUGAUAAUUUUUUUUUUUUUUGGAAAUUAAAUCUAAUCUUCGAUGAUA